AAAUGAAAGUCGAAUGUUGUUCAAAGGCUUGUCUUUGUGUGCUGUGUUUCUUCGACCGGAUAAACAAGUCUCGGCACCCUGAUGACCUUCUUCGGUUUGACACACCUGGGUUAUCAAAACCCAAUAGGAGAUAAAAUGAUAAAUCAGUGGAGAGCUUCUCGGGAUGUGAGCAUCAGUGAAGGAUUGUCCUCGUGGCUGCAGGGACCUCAAGGACCCCUCAGCUGUGCAGACACAUCCAAAGUGUCCCCUCAGUGUCUUCCCUUCAGCUCUGACACGCAGCACAGGAGCUACAAGAAAUACAGAGAAAUGGUCGAACAAUCCCAAACAACUACAUCUCCUAAGCAGCUGUACAUAACGCCUCUGACAGACAACCAGCAGUAUGGCUGGAUGGUGUCUGAUCGUCCGGAGCCCUGGACACAAGUCAGGAGGUUUCCUCGACAGCUCAGUGAGAUGACCAAGUUUGUUAAUGAAAUGUUGCGUGCAGACCGGGACUUCAGCCUGUUCUGAUCUCCAUCAUCACUUCUCUUCCUCAGUUAAACACAGAAGAUAGCAUCAGUGUUUUAUGUGGUUGAUAUUAUGCUUUACUCAUCUGGAGAUCGGUUUCUUUAACAGAGCUGUAUUAAGAAACAUCUUUUACGGGUGUUUUUCAAAAUAAAGUGACUAAUGCACAUUGUGA